AAAAAAAGAAAACAGGAUAUUUGCAGAAGAUGAUAUGGUUACACCAGCGAAACAGAAAAAGAGGGUAUCGUUUAAACUUGCAGAAGAUGACAAUGAAGAUUUGUCCGAGGAAAAAUCAGAUAAGAGUAUCAUCAUAAGUGAAGAAUCUAAACAAGAAUCUGUUAAAAAGAAGGAAUUAAAUAGAAACGAUGAUGAUUCAAAUGAAGAUAUAAAACUUUGUUCAAACAAAGGUAAAACAGCAUCUUUGCCACUAAAUAAUUCUGAUAAUUCAGUAACAAAAUCAUGUAAAACUAAAGAAGACAGAGCCAGUGAUGUUAGAAUUACGUCUGAUCUGCGUAAAAAUAGUAAUAGAAGGGAUACUAGAGGACUGAUGGCAGUCAGAGAGGUAAAGAUGGCUGCUCAAGCAUACAGAGGUGCUAAUAUAAAUAAUGUGAAAGGCUACUCUGGGAUGAGGAUCACGCCUGUGGAUGUAAAGAGGAAACUGAAUAACGUGAAAUAAUGAUUUGGUUGUUAUUAUAUAAUACUGUUUGAAUACUGGAUUACUGCAUGUUGGUAACACUGAUUUUCAUUGGACAGUUGUGAUGUUUAUAUUGCCUGUAGAGAAUUUGUAGAUGAAUAAUGAAUUUUUAUCAUAAUAGUUAAAAGAAAUUUGUUUAAUAUUAUAAAUUUGUUAUGAAGAUUUUAGCAGGUUAUAUUGUGCUAUACAAAUACACAGAUUACUAUCAUUUAAACUGGGAUAUAUAAACUCUUUAAAUUAUUUUUAAAAGUUAUAAUGUUAAUGGGAAUAAAGGGUAUCUUAUCUUUAACUCAAUGGCUCAUGCCACAUAAUUACCACCAUAUG